AUGGGUUUCCACUCUGCGGUGACAGCCGUUACCCAUAACAUUCCUUGGUUCCUUCGAGUCCCGGCAGAAGCCCUCAUAGGCGAGAAGUGCUACGGCGUGCUCGUCUACGACUUUAACAUUACCGAUGUGGACUGCCUAAAGUAUGCGCUCUCCAAAGGACUCGGGUUUGGCAUCGUGCUUGGAGGAAGCAUAGUCAAGAUACCUCAGAUCAUGAAGAUCAUCGGAACUCAAUCGGCGCGUGGCCUCUCCCUCUCAGCAUAUAUCCUGGAGACAGCAUCGUAUGCCAUCUCUCUUGCCUAUGCCUGGCGUGGCCGCUUCCCCUUUUCAACGUAUGGCGAAAACUUCUUCAUUACCGUCCAGAACAUUGUCAUCACCCUUAUGAUCCUGUUCUACAACACACCGAAGUCGGCGUACAACGGAUUGAGUGGGCCAACUCCGCUCUCAUCACCACCGCAGCGCAGCCUGAAUGGCGUUUUCAUUGGCGCUGCCAUCAUUGCCAUCUGUUGCAUUGUCCUCUCUUCCGAGAGCCUUUGUGCCCCCCCUUUGCUCGCCUUCUUCCAACUGUGCACCAUUCCACUGGGACUCCUGUCCAAGGCCCCCCAGAUCCUGGAGAACCACACCAACCGUUCCACUGGCAACCUUUCAGCGUUUGCAGUGUUUAGCGGCCUCCUCGGCUGCUUGGCGCGUCUGUUCACCACCAAGCAAGAGGUCAAUGACCCUCUUGUCUUCUGGGGCUUUGCGGGUGCCGCCAUGCUGAACCUCGUUUUGGCCAUUCAGAUGGUUGCAUACUGGCAGCGGCCGCUGGACGAUGGCAAGAGGGGUAUUCUCGAGGAGGAGGGCAAGCUGGACUAG